AUGAGCUUCCUUAAUUCGGUCCUCACGUCUAUCGGAACGGGGGAUGCGACCAUCACCCCGCCACCCGCCCAUAUAAAGGCCAAGUCAGAGCCCACCCCUUCUUUGAGUACAAAAGCGUCCUCUACUCAGCGAAAUGGCUCCUCACUAUACCAAAAACAUACAGCGGAACUCGACGUGCUUCGUCCUAUCAGUAAACUGAACAAGGUUACAAAGCCGUCAGCCACUGUUCGGUCGACUCUGCACAGCAAACCGCCUACACCCACAUCAACUACCCAACCCCCAUUCAAAGCGAAGCCAACAGCUCCCUCAACCGCGAAGCCUACCGCUCCUUCUCAGCGACUCGUGGCCCCUGCGCCUUCGAAACCCCCGCCUAAAGGCUCGUUUGCCGACAUUAUGGCCCAAGCCAAAGCCUUGCAGCAGCAAAAACCCCUCAGCGUUGGUGUGAUUAAGCAUCAAACUGUUGUGAAGGAACGCAUGAGCAAGCCAAAACGGGAACGUUUGCUAAAAGAAGCAAAGCAGCGGGAGCUAGAGGCAAACAAGGUCAAAAAGACAACAAGCGCACGCUCUUCGCCUAAUGCUGGGGGACGGUUUAGGGAUGAGAAAAUGCAGUCGCGCAAAGAGCGUUCCGAACCUGGUUACAGAGGGACUGCACGACCAUCCGCCGCCCCAGCCUAUACUGGGACUGGAGGGCUUCCAUCGCGGCGCGGGACCAGCGCACCUACCCAAGAUCGCCGCAAAUCUAAACAUCCUUCUAGCCGCAUCAGGGAUGAAUAUCUCGGAACAGAUGAAGAAGAUGAAGGAGAAUACUCUUAUGGUGGUGACGAUUAUUAUGAUGACUACUCCGACGCUUCGUCUGACAUGGAAGCUGGAGCUAUGGAUUUGGAAGAAGAAGAGCAAACUGCCCUUCGCUUCGCCAAAGCAGAAGAUGAGCGAGAACUCAAAGCAGAAAUGGAAGCGAAGAAAGCCAAGCUAGACCGCAAGAAAAAGCUUGUUGCCCUGUCCAAGUCACGACGCUGA